AUGACACGUCGGUCCAUCACAAUUGACCAAGGUCCGGCAGCUACUUAUCAUGUCAAGUUGAAUACGGCGUUGUUGAAUCCUAGACCUGUCGAAGGUUUUGGGGGUGCAUUCACAGCGGCAUCUGGUGUGAAUUACAAGAAGUUGAGUGAUGAUGAUAAACGCAAAUUCAUCGAAUUGUACUUUGGCCAGAGUGGACUCCGCUACACUAUGGGUAGAAUUCCAAUCAACUCGUGUGACUUCAGUCCGUAUACCUACGCCUUUGCCAACGUGUCUGAUGACUUCGCUUUGGAGCACUUCGAUGAGUCUUUGGAGGGAGAUGAAGACACCGGUAUGAUUCAGCUCAUGCACGAUGCUUUGGGGAAGGCGUCAUUGAAGCUAUUCGGAAGCCCAUGGUCCCCACCAUAUUGGAUGAAGGCCGGCGAUCACAGUAUGAUUGGCAGCGCUAAUCCCUGCCUUAAGCAAGACAAGAGAUACAAACAAGCCUGGGCGGACUACUUCGUCAAAUGGAUUCAAUCUUAUGGGAAGAAGAAGAUACCUAUUUGGGGAGUAACGCAGCAGAACGAGCCACAAUUCUAUGUCAACACAAGAUGGGAGGCUUGUUCGUACGACCCUGCCAACCAGACAGAAUUCAUAAGGGACUAUCUUGGACCAACUCUGAACAAAACAUUCGGGGAUAAAGUGAAGAUCAUGUACAUGGAUUAUACCAAGGACCACUUAAUGGAAGUGUCAGAUGUCGUUUUACAGGAUAGCAAGGCUGCUCAGUACAUUUAUGGUGCCGGAGUCCAUUGGUAUACCUUCGACCAAAUUUCAAAUCUUGAGAAUUUCAAAGCCAAAUACGGCAGUAAAUACGCUCUCCUGGGGACCGAAGCAUGCACCUGUGAUUGGGACGCGAUUGGGUUCUUCCACAACUCUACAUGGCAACGAGCUGCUCGCUACGUACAUGGUGUUAUAGUUGACUUCAUGCACGGCGGAGCAACUGGAUGGGUGGACUGGAACCUACUACUCAACGAGAAAGCAUCACAUGCCAAUCGUGGAGGCCCCAACCACGCUGAUAACUAUUGCUAUGCACACAUCCAUAUAGACAACGCAAGUCAGCUAGUGAUUCAACCUUCUUAUUAUGCCUUUGGGCACAUCACUAAAUUCGUCGCUCCCGGUGCUAGGAUGGUCACUUCUGUGAAUGUUACCAAUUCUACAUCGAGUCCGAUCUUUACUAUUAACACACUAGAAGCAAUGGCUUUCGUAAAUGAGGCCAAAACUGAGUUGGAGAUUAUCGUACUCAGUAGUCAGGAAAAGGACAUCUCGGAUUUGAUCAUUGAGGUGCAGCUGCCAGGCGGGAAGUACCAGACCGUCCACGUUGGUGAAGUACCCGGCUUCAGCGUCACCACCGUCAUACUCCCUGGCAAUUUUUGAGCUUGACAAUCACGACUCGUUUAUGAAGCUUUUGCACUUCGAUAUCAUCGCCGUCCUAUCACUGUAACGUGGGUUUCGUUCACUUUCCACUCGGG